AUGGAACACGUAGCUCAGCAUCGUAGUUCGGAGCCUCAAACUAUCGUCAGAGAUACGACAACUACCAUCACAAUCAAUGAAUCGGAAAAUAAAAAUGGAAAUCAGAUUAAUUUGAAAAUUGAUGAACUUUACAUUCAAGAAAAGAAUUCGAGUUUUACCAGUUCAAAUGGUGCCAGUAAUGAUAGUGUGAGUCUUGCAUGGCGAAACUUGUCGUAUGCAGUGACGAAUCCAAAGACGAAACAAAAAACCAACCUCGUUCAUGAAGCUAGCGGUGUUGUUAAACCAGGCGAAGUAAUGGCAAUAAUGGGACCUUCGGGCGCCGGCAAGUCAACUCUACUCGAUGUACUAGCGGGUCGUAAAAAUCCUAAAUUAACUACGGGAGAAAUCUAUUUAAAUGGAAAACCUGGACAAGUAAAAUACGUUUCGACAUACGUUAUGCAAGAAGAUGCUUUGAUGGGUGUACUGACUGUGCGUGAAAACAUUCAAUUCGCUGCCGAUUUAUGUUUUCCUUCAUCGUAUUCUAAAGCAGAACGAAAAGCACGUGUUCAAGCUAUUAUAACCGAAUUGGGACUAGAUCGAGUUGCCGAUUCGAAAAUUGGAACGGUUUUCGUUCGAGGAGUAUCAGGUGGUGAAAAACGCCGGGCAUCCAUUGCUACCCAAGUUCUUACCUUACCAAAAAUUAUUUUUCUUGAUGAACCGACAAGUGGUCUCGAUGCCGCCGCAUCAUAUAACGUGAUGAAAGCAAUUGUACAAAUGGCACGGAACUAUAAGCUUACCGUGGUUGCCAGCAUUCAUCAACCAUCAACCGAAACUUAUUCGUUAUUCGAUAAAUUAUGUAUUCUUGGUCGUGGACGAACACUUUACAUGGGUAAACGCGAAAAAGCAAUAGAUUAUUUCAAAACGUUAGGUCACGUCGUGCCGGCUUAUUCAAAUCCAGCAGAUCAUUUUCUAUACCUGAUCAAUUCGGAUUUUAUGACGGAUAGGACUCAAGCGGAAGAACAUAUCACCCAAUUCAGCGAUUCGUUUGAAAAUUCAGAUGUCAACAAAUUGCUACAGGAAGAGAUCAAUACCUUGAUUGAGCAGCAUAAAGAAACGGGUACUCGAAUUAUUUCAUCAAGUACAACCCACCGUUAUCAACAUAGUUUCCUUCAACAAACUAUGAUUUUAGUUAGGCGUUCUUUUCUUAACGCUAUGAGAAACCUUUUGGUGUUUUGGGUGCGCAUUAUAUUGUAUGUAGCGCUUGGACUACUAAUAGGAACAACAUAUUGGCAAAUCGGAUAUAAUCAAGCCAACAUUACUGAACGUCUUUCUUCAGAGUAUUUUUCAGUCGCAUUUUUAUCAUUUAUGAGUAUCGCUGGUAUUCCAGGAUUCUUAGAAGAGCGACUAGUUUUUCAGCGUGAACGAGGAAAUGGAUUCUAUUCUGUCGGUCCAUUUGUAUUAGCGAAUACAAUCAUAUCAAUUCCUUUCUUAUUCAUUAUCUCCGGUUCAUUUACGGCUGUAACGUAUUCAGCUGUCGGCUUACAUAACGAUGGAAAAAAUGCGAUAUUAUUUAUUGUAUACAUGUUUCUUUGUUUGAAUGUUGCCGAAGCAAUGGUCUGCUUUAUCGCCUCUAUUAUUCCGAUAUUCAUUGCCUCCCUUGCAAUAACUGCUUUUGCUAACGGGUUUUGGAUGGUUUUCGCUGGUUACCUCGUUCGACCGCCUAAUAUUAGCAAAGGAUGGAAAUGGGCACAUUAUAUCGAUUACCAGAAAUACUCAUUCGAGACGAUCCUUUAUAACGAUCUGAAAGGAUUAAAUUUCAACUGCGAAAGGCUUAAUGAUACUUCUUCGGAUCGUAUGUAUAAUUGUUUUUAUGGCGAUAAGUCCGGAAGGUCAGCAACUUUUACGGGUGAAGAUGUAUUGAACGAACUUGGAUAUACGAAUAUUAGGCCCGCUUUGUGGACAGUUAUUCUUAUUGCAAUGGCUAUUAUCUAUAGAUUAGCAUUUUUUGCAGUCUUACGAUUAAGAAAAAAUCAUAGUUAA